AUAUUUUGGGGGGCCCAAAAUAUUGGGGUCUCGCUUGAGUUGCACGGGGCCCUGAGCAAUUGCUUAGUCUGCUGACGCCUGGCUCCGGCUUGGCUUAGUUUUGCAAACGUUUGGGGGGGGCUGCAGAUUUCGGGGGACCAGGGAGGAAAUAGGGGGUGCUUCUUGCAAAGAGCUGGAAGGGAGGGCAGGCUCCCAAACCAAGCGCUGAUGCCUUCCCCCUGCCUGGAUACUAGUUGUUUUUUUUCUUUCCCUCUUUUUCCAGCUGCCUCCAAAAAUCUUGGGGUUCCCCCUUCCCUCCAAUGUCUGCAGUUCCUGGGCUUCCUUUGUCCAUGGGGCCAGGCCUCUUCACCCCACUCAGGACCGGCUCGUGGGAGUGCGUCUAGUCCGGCCGGGCCGCUUCGGUUUUCUGGACUAGCCCAUUGUUUCAGGAUUGUUUCGGGACCAGCUAUUCCAGAGACGGGCCCUUUGCCGGGGGUCCCCGACUCGAGAGGUUUCCGGACCCGCUGCUCCAGACCUAAGACUUUUCGGGAGCGCCGAGACGCCGGACUUUUUUAGGGGAUCCCGGCUCAGGAAUUUCUCCAGAACCAACUUUUUCCCUGGGCCGGAAAGUUUUGGAGAAUCCAGUUUUUCUAGCCAUACGGAGUUUGGCUCCAUUGAUUUGCUAGAGUCCAUGUUUGUAGGGAAACUUGGUUCCCGCCCCAGACAAGAAACUUAUUUUUGAGAUUAUUCUUUCUAGAUUGCGAGGCAAAUCUGGGUUUGUUCCCACCCCCCUUGACUGGGGAGAAAUCUGGGUUAUUUUUAUACCUUGGGGUGAGAACUGGGUUUAAUAUUUCUAGACGAGAAGAAAUCUCAGUUUAAUUUUUCUGGAUCAGGAAGAAAUCUGGGUUUAAUUUUCUUGGAUCAGGGCAAAAUCUGGAUGUAUUUUUUUUCUAGAUUGGGAAGAAAUCUGGGUUUAUUUUUCCUAGAUUGGGGAGAAAUCUAAGUUAUUUUUUUCUGGAUCGGGGCAAAAUCUGGGUUUAUUGUUUCUGGACUGGGAUGAAAUCUGGGUUUAACUUUUUCUAGAUUGCAGAUAAAUCUAGGUUUAAUUUUUCUGGAUCAGGAAGAAAUCCGGGUUAAUUUUUCUGGAUCAGGGCGAAAUCUGGGUUUAAUAAUUUUUCUGGAUGGGGAUGAAAUCAGGAUUUAAUUGUUUCUAGAUUGGGGAGAAAUCUGGGUUUAUUUUUCUGGAUCUGGGUGAUUUCUGGUUUUUUUUUUUUAGAUUGGGGCGGGGAAAAGCAGGGUUUCCUUUUUCAAGAGUUGGGGGAAUCAGGGAGUCAGACAAAUGUGUCAAGUAUCGGGGGUAGCCGUGUUAGUCUGUAUCUACAAAAACAACAAGGAGUCUGGUGGCACCUUAAAGAUUCACAGAUUUAUUUGGGCAUAAGCUUUCGUGGGUAAAAACCUCACUUCUUCAGAUGCAUCUGAAGAAGUGAGACAAAUGUGAGGAGUUAAAACUUUCUAGACCGGGCAAAAAUGGAGCAUUAAAAAUUUUGGAGCUUAGGAGACAUUUUGGGGUUUCCAUUUUUGUAGACUGGGGAAAAAAGUGAUUGUUUCCCUCUACAUUAGGGGAAAAUGGGGUGUCCAUUUUGUGCUCGACAAAAGGCACUUGGGGGCUUGGUUUUUCCAGAUUAGGGACAUUUUGGGGGGUUCAUUUGCUUGUUAGCCUAGGGAGAAUUUCCUCUAGAUUAGAAAAAAAUUGUGGAGUGAGGGAGUUGAUUUUUCCAUGCCAGAAAUUUAUUCACAGGUUAAUCUUUUCCAGACUUGGUCAUUUAUUAGGAUGUAAAUAUUCUGGUGGGUCGAAUUUUCAGGCUAUCUGGGGGUAGCAGAGUCCUUCCAGAGAGAGGAAAAUCCGGGGGAUUCACUUGUCCCAGAUCAAGGCGGUUUGGGGUGCCAUUUUUCCAGGCAAAAGAUUAUUUUUCUGGAGUAAAGUUUCCCCGAUUGGGAAUUUACUCCCCCCCCCUCCCCCCACUCCCCGUUGGUUGAUCAGGAUUUCGCGACAGCAGCUUUCCCCCUGCCAAGGAAUUCGGGACUGACCCCAACCAUGGAGGUUUGGCUUCUUUGUCUCUGGAUUCCCCUCACUCAGGCGGUGGAAGAGACCUUGCUGAACACCCGGCUGGAGACGUCGGAUCUGAAGUGGACGACGUACCCCCAGACGGACGGCCAGUGGGAGGAGCUGAGCGGGCUGGACGAGGAACGCCAGCACUCGGUGCGCACGUUCGAGGUGUGCGCGGUGGAGGGGCCGGGCCGGGAGGCCUGGCUACGCAGCGGUUUCGUGCCGCGCCGGGGGGCAGCCCACGUCUACGCCGAGCUGCGCUACACGGUGGUGGAGUGUUUCUCCCUCCCGCGCCCGGCCCGGGCCUGCAAGGAGACCUUCAAUGUCUUCUUCUACGAGGCCGAGCGGGACCUGGCCACGGCCACCGACCCGCCCUGGCUGGAGAACCCCUGGGUCAAAGUGGACACGGUGGCGGCCGAGCACCUGACCCGCAAACGCCCGGGGGCCGAGGCCACAGGGAAAGUGAAUGUCAAGACCCUGCGGCUUGGGCCGCUCACCAAAGCCGGCUUCUACGUGGCCUUCCAGGACCAGGGCGCCUGCAUGGCCCUGCUGGGCGUCCGGCUCUACUUCCAGAAGUGCCCGGGGGCCGUGGCCCGCCUGGCCGCCUUCCCGGAGACGGUGCCCCGGGAGCUGGUGACGCCCGUGGCCGGCGCCUGCGUGGCCGGGGCCGAGCCAGAGGGGCCCGGGCCCCUCAGCAUGUACUGUCGGGAGGACGGGCGCUGGGCCGAGCACGCGCCCGCCGGCUGCGUCUGCCUGGCCGGGCACGAGACCGCCGAGGGGAACACGCAGUGCCGAGCCUGUGUCCCUGGCACCUUCAAGGCCAUGCAGGGUGAGGGGUCCUGCCAGCCCUGCCCCCCCUAUAGCCAUUCCUCGGUGCCCGGCUCCGCCAUCUGCUCCUGCCGCAACGGGUACUUCCGUGCCAGCGCCGACCCCCUCGGCUCCCCCUGCACCACAACCCCGUCGGCCCCGCGCAGCAUCGUGCCCCAGAUCAACGGCUCGGUGGCGGUGCUGACCUGGAGCGAGCCCCUGGAGAACGGGGGCCGGCGGGACGUGACCUACAACGUGCUCUGCUCCGAGUGCCCCGAUGGGCAGCUGUGCCGGCCCUGCGCCCGCCUGACCUUUGCCCCCAGCGCGGCGGGGCUGGCAGAGCAAGGGGUGACGGUCCAGGGCCUGCAGCCCUACGUCACCUACACCUUCGAGAUCCAGGCCGUCAACGGGGUGUCGGAACUGAGCCCCAACCCGCCCCAGGCCGAGUUGGUCAACAUCACCACCAACAAGGACGUGCCUCCGCCCGUGGACAGGGUCCAGGGGUCUCUCUCCCCGACCGGGAUGGUUCUGAGCUGGCCGGUGCCCCACCCCCCCAGCGGGCACAUCCUGGACUACGAGGUGAAAUACUAUGAGAAGGGCGCGGCGGGCGGGGAGUCCCCCAUGUUCCUGAAGGCGUCAGAGGCCCGGUUGACGCUGGGGCAGCUGCGCCGUGGGGCGUCCUAUGGGGUGCAGGUCCGUGCCCGCUCCGAGGCCGGCUACGGGGAAUUCGGGCCGGAGUUCCUUGUCCCCAUGCAUGGCAGUGAGGCGGGGGGCCGGGCGGAGCAGCUGGGGCUGAUCGUGGGGGCGGCCGCCGUGGGGGCCCUGCUGGUGCUGGCGGUGGUGGCAGUGGCUGUGAUCUGCGUCAGGAAGCACGGGGCGGGGGGCCGUGACCCUGAAUACUCGGACAAACACGGCCAGUACCUCAUUGGGCAUGGCACCAAACUCUACAUCGACCCCUUCACCUAUGAGGACCCCAACGAGGCCGUGCGGGAAUUCGCCAAAGAGAUCGACGUCUCCUACGUCAAAAUCGAGGAGGUGAUCGGCGCCGGGGAGUUCGGGGAGGUGUGCCGGGGCCGGCUGAAGGUGCCUGGAAAGAAGGAGAGCUGCGUGGCCAUCAAGACGCUGAAGGGGGGGUACACGGAGCGGCAGCGCCGGGAGUUCCUCAGCGAGGCCAGCAUCAUGGGGCAGUUCGAGCACCCCAACAUCAUCCGGCUGGAGGGGGUGGUGACCAGCAGCACCCCGGUCAUGAUCCUCACUGAGUUCAUGGAGAAUGGGGCACUCGACUCCUUCCUGCGGCUGAACGAGGGGCAGUUCGCACCCAUCCAGCUGGUGGGGAUGCUGCGGGGCAUCGCCUCGGGGAUGCGCUACCUGGCCGAGAUGAGCUACGUCCACCGGGACCUGGCCGCCCGGAACAUCCUGGUCAACUGCAACCUGGUCUGCAAAGUCUCCGACUUCGGCCUCUCCCGCUUCCUGGAAGAGAACUCCUCCGACCCCACCUACACCAGCUCCCUGGGCGGGAAGAUCCCCAUUCGCUGGACAGCCCCCGAGGCCAUCGCUUUCCGCAAGUUCACCUCGGCCAGCGACGCCUGGAGCUACGGGAUCGUCAUGUGGGAGGUGAUGUCCUUCGGAGAGCGGCCCUACUGGGACAUGUCCAACCAGGACGUGAUCAACGCCAUCGAGCAGGACUACCGGCUGCCCCCCCCACCCGCCUGCCCCACGGCGCUGCACCAGCUCAUGCUGGAUUGCUGGCAGAAGGAACGAAGCUCCCGGCCCCGCUUCGCCCAGCUCGUCAGCUCCCUCGACAAGCUGAUCCGCAACCCGGCCAGUCUGCGCAUCGUCGCCCGGGACGGCGCCGGGCCGUCCCACCCGCUCCUGGACCAGCGGGCCCCCCACAGCGCCUCCUUCGGCUCCGUCAGCGACUGGCUCCAGGCCAUCAACAUGGGCUGCUACGAGGAGAACUUCAGCUCGGCCGGACUCAGCUCCUUCGAACUCCUCAGCCAGAUCUCCAGCGAGGACCUGCUCCGAAUCGGGGUGACCCUGGCUGGGCACCAGAAGAAGAUUCUCUCCAGCGUCCAGAACAUGCGAAUCCAGAGCAAAGCAGCCCCGUCCGGAGGGGCGGCCGGGAGCCGAUUCUGAUCCGGUUCCGGGCUCACGUCCUGCCUGGUCCCCCAGAGCUGGGAACGAACCGGACCCUGGGUUACUAAUGCGACUCUGACUUCGCUGCAUGGGCCGGUCUUGAACCAGAAACUUGGGGGACCCCUGCCCCCCCCAGCCCCUCAGGGCUUGCACUUAUUCUAUCUCAGCAGGGAGAAUAUCGUGGUUUGCAGGGGGCGUGGCCUAUUGGUGGACGGUUCCAAGAUGGCCAAGAUGGUCUAGACAGUAUUUGGUCCUGCCAUGCGGGCAGGGGACUGGACUCGAUGACCUCUCGAGGUCCCUUCCAGUCCUAGAAUCUAUGAAUCUAUGGCCGCAGGUCCAAAGAUGGCUGAUGGGCUCUUCGGUCAACUGCGAAGAUGGCCGCUCUUGCUUGGGGUUCCCAAGAGGGCCGCUCUUGCUUGGUUGCCGGGUAGCGCUCAGGACCCCGUCCAGUUCCCAGGACGGCCGCCCCUAGGGGGUCUCAAGAUGGUCACCACUGGUUGGGGAGACCAAGAUGGUUGCCCUUGGGGGACCUUCGAUGGGGAAUCCAAGAUGGCCGUUCUUUCACCAGAAGCCUCCUCCCUCGCAAACAGUUGAGGGGCAGUGAUGUAAUCAGGGGGUUCCCUGGGAGGGGGGGAGACCCCCCCGGCAUCUACUUGAAUCUCUAGGCCCCUCCCCCACCAUGGGGGGGGCCUCGGGAGGGGGGCUAUAAACUUGGGGCUCUCCCCUCCCCCAUAAAGCCAAAGAGUGACUAUGGACAGCGGUGAUGUCAUGGCCGCCCAGUGAUGUCAUAGACCUGGGAUGGCCAGGAACAGGGGGUGACAUCAUCCAGUGACUGCCUUGUGAUGUCAUCAGGAGCAACUGUGAUGUCAUCACAUCGGGAGCCCAUGAUGUCAUCGUUGCCGGCCCGGGAUGUCAUCAUUCGGCAGCCGCCCGCCCUUGAUGUCAUGAGGCCAUGAGGUCGUCGCAGCAGGACGUUGGGGGGGGGGGGGGGCUGCUCUGUGGGGUCAUCAGCGGGUGCCGGGCUUUCAACUUCAUAUUGAAGGCAAAUUUAACCGGGGGGGAGGUAAUUUCCAGCCCCUCCAGGACUGGUUCAACUUGUGGGGUAUCGGACUCCCGCUCCCCCCAGAGCCGAGGUAGAUUUGAGGUGUCCCCGCCGCCCCCCCCCCAAAUAAAGUGGGAUUCACUCAGCUUU